AUGACGAUGAUCAGAGUUUUCGUUCUUUUGUUUGUCGUAGCCACGUGUCAUGUAUGGAGUACGAGCAGCAGUGUUGAUGGACAAUGCAUAGAGAAGGAGAGAGAAGCCCUUGUAGGCUUUAAGCAAGGCCUUGUCGACGAAUACAACGUUCUAUCAUCCUGGGCAAGCACCGGCGGAGAUUGUUGCACUUGGAGAGGAAUCAGGUGUGAUAACUCAACUCAUCAUAUUAUUGCUCUUGAUCUUCCUGCUCAAUAUAAUGAACAAAUAUUGAGUGGUCAAAUCAGUUCUUCAUUGGCUGAGUUACAACAUUUGAGCUACUUGGAUCUUAGUAGCAAUAAUUUCACUAACAUUCCCGAGUUCAUUGGCUCUUUGUCUAGACUCACAUAUCUCGACCUUUCAGAUAAUCUCUUUGCUGGAAUCAUUCCUUCCCAACUUGGGAAUCUGACGAGGUUAAAGUACCUCAAUCUUUAUAACAAUAAUUUUACUAACAUUCCCGAGUUCAUUGGCUCUUUGUCUAGACUCACAUAUCUCGACCUUUCAUAUAAUCUCUUUGUUGGAAUCAUUCCUUCCCAACUUGGGAAUCUGACGAGGUUAAAGUACCUCAAUCUUUACAAUGCCCCUGGCUAUGGUCAGUUGAUUGGUAAUAGUAUUGAAUGGCUUUCUCAUCUCAACUCUCUUCAAUACUUUGCACUUGGAAAUACUGAUUUUACCAGAGCCACAAAUUGGUUUCAAUCAUUUAAAACAGCCUCCUCCCUAUCACUUUUGGCAUUGUCUAAUUGUGUAUUACCACAAGUAGAUAUCUCAUCUCUUUCGCAUUCCAAUUCAUCCUCUAAUUCUCUCACAGAUCUUUUCAUUGUGAAGAGUUCCGUACACCCCACAACAGUUCCUUGGAUGCUCAAUAUCAGCACCAGUCUCGUUAAUCUUUCACUAUCUGAUAGUCACAUUAAAGGAACUCUUCCAAAUUCUUUUGAAAACAUGAGAUAUCUCAAGAAAAUUGCUUUGUCGGCCAAUGAAUUCGAAGGUGGAAUACCAAAAUCGUUGGGGAAUCUCUGCAGUCUUAAAUUUCUAAGGUUGGAAAUCAACAAGUUCAACACAACACUCGAUGAUGUUUUUAAAAGCCUCAACGGCUGUGCUAGAAACUCAUUGUAUAUUAUGGAUCUGAGUAAGAACAACCUGAGAGGUUCUUUUCCUGAUGAUUCAAAUACAUUUCCGACCCGUCUACAAUAUUUAAGCAUCUUUCACAACCAACUUGAAGGACCCAUACUGACCAAUCUUUCAGUGUUGUCAGACCUUAGAGUAUUGCUUGCCAAUAAUAACAGGUUCAAUGGCACUAUACCUGAAAGUAUUGGUGAGCUCCAAUAUCUCGAGGAUUUAGAUUUCUCUGAUAACUAUUUCUCUGGCCUUGUCUCAGAAGUUCACUUCCGUAAACUUUCCAAUCUAAAGGAACUAUACUUAUCUCGGAACAUGUUAACAGUGAAAUUCGAUCCCGCUUGGGUUCCACCCUUCGACCUACUCUCCGUUAAGUUGAUGUCCUGCAAGUUAGGUCCUCAGUUUCCCAGAUGGCUUCGAAACCAAACAAAUAUUUCUAUUCUUGAUAUUUCACGCACCGAAAUUGAUGAUGUUAUUCCUGAUUGGUUUUCCAACCAUGCUUCCAAACUGAUGGUUCUAAAACUACAGGAUAAUCAAAUUCAUGGCUCAAUCCCACACUAUCUGUCUAGUGUGCGCGUGUUACAUCUCUCUGAUAAUCACUUUGUUACUAUCAAAGAUUUUGUUUGUCAAGGAGUGUCCGACAAAACAGAACAUCUUGAUGUUUCUAAUAACUUGUUAUUCGGAAGCAUCCCUGAUUGUUGGGGGAACUUGAAGUCUUUGGAGUUUCUCAUCUUAAACGACAACAAUUUGUCUGGAGAGAUCCCAAGCUCAAUGGGCUUUUUGAAUAAAAUUCAGUAUUUAAGUCUGAGGCACAACAACUUAUCGGGAGCUUUACCUUCGUCAAUGAAGAAUUGUGCAAAUCUUCAGUUUCUUGAUUUGGAGGAGAAUUCGUUGGAAGGAGAAAUACCAACAUGGAUGGGGGAAGGACUUAGAAAUUUGAUCAUCCUUGGCCUUAAAUCAAAUAAAUUUUAUGGAAGUAUACCAUCAAAUUUAUGCCACAUUCGUUCCAUUCAAAUUUUAGACCUUUCAAUGAAUGAUCUCUCUGGAGAUAUUCCUUCGUGCAUAAACAAUUUUACUCAUAUGAUGGAUAAUAGUACUCAAAAGAGGGUGUUUACCCAUUGGGUUGUUAUCGAGAGGAGGUCUGGUACAAUGGUCUAUGAAAUAACUGCAGGAAAAAUAACUGUAGUAAAAAUUAUGUGGAAAGGAAAAGAAUACGAGUUUCGGUUUUUGGAGUUAUUGAAACUCAUCGAUCUGUCAAGCAAUAAACUAUCUGGUCAAAUACCUGAAGAACUAACAAAUCUGGUUGAAUUGGUUCAACUAAACUUAUCAAGGAACCAUUUAUAUGGACCAAUUCCAAGGGAGAUUGGUAAGAUGAGCAACCUAGAAGCACUGGAUUUCUCCAACAACAAUCUUUCAGGUACAAUUCCCACAAGCUUCGAGAAGCUAUCGUUUUUGGCAAACCUGGAUUUGUCAAAUAACAAAUUCUCAGGAAGAAUCCCUACGAGCACUCAACUGCAAAGCUUUAAUGCUUCUUCAUUCAUCGGAAACAUUGGACUUUGUGGUAAUCCUCUAACAAACUCAUGCUCCGAAAGUAACUCACAUCAUUCAACUAACAUUGGUGACAGUGUUCUUAGAGAUGGUAAAGAAUGGUUUGACAUGUCAUGGCUUAAAAUGGGAUUUGGAGCUGGAGUUGGAGUUGGGUUUGCUGGAGUUACUGGUUAUUUUUUGUUCAAUAUUUCUUGGAAACUAGCCUUUAUCCAAUUCUUAAAUAAAGUGAAAUUGGUUCUACAUGGAUGA